AGCCCUCCUGCCCCUCUGACAGAGAGCAGGAAAACUUUGUGCUGUCAAAAGAUAGCAAAUCCCCUCAGAAAGCCCGUCACGUCACUUAUGAGCCCCGUUCGCAGUGUUUCUGCUUUGGAGGACUCGCGUCUUUCUCUCUGCGGAUUUUAUUAAAACCAGGAACAUGUCAGUGAACCCGAGUUUUGUGAGUCCUUUCCACAGACCCCGCUGUUUAUCCGCCGCUGCCCCCGCGGGGAGCGCCAAACUCACCCACCCUGGAAAAGCUAUUUUAGCCGGUGGCAUUGCUGGAGGCAUUGAAAUCUGCAUCACAUUCCCAACAGAAUAUGUGAAAACUCAACUACAGUUAGAUGAAAAGGCCAAUCCACCUCGAUACAAAGGAAUCGUCGACUGUGUGCAGCAGACGGUACGGGGUCAUGGGGUGAAAGGGCUGUACAGGGGUCUAAGUUCUCUGCUGUAUGGAUCCAUUCCCAAAGCUGCGGUGAGGUUUGGAAUGUUCGAGUUCCUCAGUAACAAGAUGAGGGAUGAAUCUGGGAAGUUAGACAGCACACGGGGUAUGAUCUGCGGUCUGGGGGCAGGUGUUGCUGAGGCUAUAGUCGUUGUGUGUCCUAUGGAGACUAUAAAGGUGAAAUUUAUCCACGAUCAGUCUUCAGCAAACCCGAAGUACAGAGGCUUUUUCCACGGUGUGAGAGAAAUAAUCAGAACACAAGGACUCAAGGGAACAUAUCAAGGUUUGACGGCUACUGUACUGAAGCAAGGCUCCAACCAGGCCAUUAGAUUCUAUGUAAUGACCGCUUUGAGAAACUGGUACAAAGGUGAUAAUCCAAAUAAGGCGAUUAACCCUCUCAUAACGGGAACAUUCGGAGCCAUUGCGGGUGCAGCAAGUGUGUUUGGAAAUACGCCGCUUGAUGUGAUCAAAACUAGAAUGCAGGGAUUAGAAGCUCACAAAUAUAAAAGCACUGUUGACUGUGCCAUGAAGAUCAUGAAACACGAGGGACCAGCCGCAUUCUUCAAAGGCACAGUGCCCAGAUUAGGCCGUGUGUGUAUGGAUGUGGCUAUAGUGUUCAUAAUCUAUGAAGAGGUGGUCAAAUUUCUCAACAAGGUUUGGAAGACAGAUUAAUGAUCUUGAUAAAACCUAUUGAUGUGCAGAGUCUGACCCUCAUGACAUCACGCUGGUGCGACGACUGGGCACAUUUACACAGGGUCCGAAAUAUCUGCCUACAGCAGACCUACAAAUCACUGGAAUGUAUUUCAUUUGUUUAGAGAAAAAUUACCCAAACUAAUGUGAGAAGACAUCAAUUACUUGAACAUUAGAUGAAUAGGAUUAUUUUAUCCCAUGGACCAAUUUUAAUCAUUUGUUUUUUUGAAUAGAUUAGGUUUUUAUGGAGAGCUAAAUCUUUGGGAAAACAGACUUCACUCUAAUGUUUUUUUAUAAAGCAUUUUGUUAAGUGUCCUAAUUUUAAUAAUGUUAUUUUUCCAAAGUGCAAUUUACCAGCAAAUAUUUCUCAUGUUUUUCACGUUGUAAAAGAUCUUAUUUUAGUUUCCUUACAUGUGGUCAUAUACUGAGUGCUCAGGGGGGUAAAAAACACAGUAAAAUUAGGUAACAGAAAAAUAACCAAUACUUUUCAGAACAACAUGUGUUUUAUACCCAGUAGAGGUACAUAUAAUACAUGCACUUUGACAUUUGGUAGUAAUCCAGGUUUAACGAUUAUUUUAAGUGCCUACAGUAUAUUAAUAUACUUUCUUUGUUAAUUAUGUUUGUUUACAUUGCCAUAAGUUGCAUUUAAUUUCUCCCUGCUCUAACACAAAUUAUUGAUAACAUUGAAAAUCAUUUUGUGAGAAAUGUUGCUCUGAUUCGGACCGAAUUUACUUUCAUCUCUAAUGAAUACCACACAACAUGCUGUGCAUAUCCACUCAAACAGUACAAAAACUAAACAGUGUUUUUAUCAUAAGGGAGCGUCACCAAAAUCCCAGGUUACUCAAAUAUGAUGUUUACUUAUUAGCUUCAGCUAAGUGCAGUUAAUGAUGUUAAAGCUCAACACACAUGUGGGAGUCUCUUAAAUGCCGAUCAUCGAUCACUACAUGCCUUAAACAUGAUACACAUUCUUUUAUGUUCCACAGUUUUUCUACUUUCCUACCUCAAGAUGUUGUCAAAAAUCUAAAAACUAGAACUUGCAGUGCUAAAGAACAAAAUAUUUCAGGUUAAAGUGACACAAUAUAAGAUAUAGCGGGUGACAUUUUAUAAAGUGAAUGUCCACUUUUAACAUUUUGACAGUUGUUAAAAUUUCAUAUUAUAUAUACCAGACCAGAGAUCAAGAGUGACUUGUAGUAUGCAACAGUUUUAGAGUAUAAAAGUACCCAGGUCAGGGAAUAUACGGCUAAUAUUGAGUGCUGUUUACCUUCACAUCAUCAUGUGGGAAUAUAGGAGUAUAACAGAUUUAUGUUAUAAAACAACUGUGCCUGUGGUUAUUCAUGUAGUUAAAGUUAGAGCUUCUUAAAAUGAUCCCUUAAGGUUAUGUUCACAAUGUGAUAGCCAAAUCAGAUGUGAUAUGUGCGCUUUGUAAAUCUGAGGACAGUUCAAAUGUUCAAGCAUAAUGUGCCUUCAGCUUGUGUUUUCACUUAGAAUAAACUAUGCUGACUGUAAAGUGUGUUUGUUUAAUUUACAUGGAAGUAAAUAAAGACCUCAAGCCUCUUAAAACAAUACACUAACAUAUAUAUAAAAAAAAUCUUUCAAUCUGCAACAUGUAUCAAUAAUGUUUUUCUGUAUGACAUCUCUGUUCUCUUUUAUAAAAUGAUAAAUACAAUUAAUUUUCACACAGUGUU